CUUUUAUCUCUCACACCAGGACUACUUGAUCAAAUAUCAUCAACUCUUCCGCGACGCGCCGUAAUUGAGAUCUUAUAUAGUUUAACGUUAUCUUCAACCAAAUUUAUCAUAAUUCACCAACCAUGGCCGACUCCUUCUUCUCCACGAUCCAAGCCCGUCGCUCAAUUUAUGCUAUUUCUGCAGCCUCUCCAAUCCCCGACUCCCGCAUUAUCGACCUCGUUCAAAAGGCCGUCUUGCACGUUCCCAGCUCAUACAAUGUCCAGUCCGCGCGCGCCGUUGUGAUCUUGAAAGAGGAUCACAAGAAACUGUGGGAAGACGCUGAUUCGGCGGCAAAAGCUGCUCUCCCCGAGGCUGUUUACGGCUUCCUUGCACCUAGAAUUACCGGGUUCAAGGGCGGAUAUGGAUCGGUCUUGUUUUUUGAAAGCCAGGAAGAUUUGGACGGUCUCGCUGCCCAGCAUCAAGCUGUUGCACCAUUUGUAACAGAAUGGUCUGACACUUCAUCUGGAAUGCAUCAAUUUGCCGUGUGGACAGCACUUAAAGCCGAAGGCCUCGGCGCAAGUCUGCAGCAUUUCAACUUCUUGGCCCCUUGGGCUGAAAAAAUCACAGAAGAUUACAAACUGCCCAAGGACUGGAAACUUAAGGCACAGUUGGUUUUUGGCACCCCAACGGGUGGGCCCGCUCAGGAGAAGACAUUCAAGCCCAUUGAGGAGAGAGUCAAGGUGUUCGGCCAGUAAUCUACGUGGAUUAACUGGCUGGGAGUCGACAUUUAGAAGCUAUGGUUAAGUAGUCCUCUAGAGAGUAGAACUUAGAUUCAAAGCCAUAUUACGUGGCUUAUAGUUAUUGAUUAGUAAACUAUUGAAUGUUCUGUUUAUCUUAUCAAUGCCUCGAUAGAAAAAACAUUCAUUGUAGAGCAUCAUCAUUUAGAUUAGAUAGAUACAUGAUUGUACCACUCGUUCCUCAAGACAAAAGAAAGGCUUCGUAGUUGAAGCGUUCAUCCUCAUGACCAUAAUUGUUGCCAUCUUUGUUACAAUAAGUUUUGUUAGACUAAUAGUUGUCAUUGCCACGGCGCGAGCUUCCAUAGCUAUCGUUGUUAUUAGAGCUUCCGUAGGAGUCAUUGUUGCUGGAGCCGUAGUUGCUGCUGUUGUUGUUGGAGCUUCCGUACGAGUCAUUGUUGCUGCUCUUGUUGUUGUUGGAGCUUCCGUA